CGUACUUCAUUCUUCAAUUCAAAAGGAAACUGGAAUAAUAAUUCAUUUUCUCAGCCUACUGUUCUAAACACCAGUUUAUUUCAAAAUUAAAAAAAUAUGACACAGCAGUACAGUACUUAUUUCACAAAUUGUAAUAUCCCUUGCAGUAAGAUACUCCCUUGAAUGGUUUUGUUUGAUUCAGGGUAGUUUGGAAGCAGGACUUUUUUUCAGCUGGAAUUCCAGGACCUCUCAGAUGGCCCGGUUGCCAUUAUAAGAGAACAAGGGAGGUGUUCAGUGCGAGUUCUGGCACCUCUUUUUCUAGAACAGGCAUCCCCAAACUUCGGCCCUCCAGAUGUUUUGGAUUACAAUUCCCAUCUUCCCCAACCACUGGUCCUGUUAGCUAGGGAUCAUGGGAGUUGUAGGCCAAAACAUCUGGAGGGCCGCAGUUUGGGGAUGCCUGUUCUAGAAUAAUAGCACUGCUUAGAAGCAUUCCAAUAUUGCCUCUCCCAGUCAGUUUAUGCCAUUUUGGAUAGGGACCAGUCUUUGCUUAUGUUAAUCUGAAUUUAAAAUUGCUAUGUAUAUUGAGUGAUACAUCAUCUCUGUGGAAGAUCAAAUAGCUGUGGAAGGCCUGAAGUUUAUUGAACUUGUUUUGACAUGAAAGGUUUUUGACUAUAAAUGGGCAGCUCCCAGUCCUGGGGUUUGAGCUGUGUAAUACCUCUGGAUAGCUUAUGCACCCUUCUUUGAAGGACCAGGUAUGAAGAUCCAUCAUUGUCAUUAGAGGACCAGGUGAUCUCUGGGGUGACCAUUACCAACCAGCUACAACAGUCCUAGGAGGGAGAUAUCAUUUCCUCCAACAUUCCUAAUAUGAAAAUGGGAACAGUACAUUCUCCAUCAUUAUCAUUGCUUGAGCAUUUUCUCCUAGUCAAGAACAAGUGUUAUUAGAGGAAACACACAAAACUGUAGUAUUUAAGCACAGAAAUCUUUGAUUUUUUUGUUUUGCAUUUAAGGAAGCCUAAAGGGGAAAAGAAAACCCCAAAUAAAUAAAUACCACUAACGGUGUGUACACAUACACAACGUUAACAAUUAAUACAACGUAAUAAAAAUAAACAUUAUUAUAAAUAAAAACAACAUGGGUGAAAUGUCUUUAUUACCAAGCAAUUGCUCUUUGUUGCUAUUGCUUCCACUUUCAACUGGAGUUUUUAAGCAACAAAACUUCCUACCCUUAGAGAAAAUUCAUGCUGCUACUGAAGGCCAUAAUGUGAGCCCAGCCAAUCCCCAUUUCAGCUUAAGCUUGUGGAGAAGUUUUCUCUUUUUUUUGCUAUGUCUGCCAAUGUAGACCAGGCCUGGGAAACAUGCCACCAGACUACAACCCCCAAUUCCUCUGACCACAAGCCAUGCAGAUUGAGACUUCCCAUUGACUGCCUCGCUGCCCAGCUGUUGUCUGCACCUCUCAGCUCUUCCUCUCAGCUAAGGCAGAGCCCUGGGAACACAACCCACCACUGUCUCCCAUUAGGCUGUGUUGGGAAUUUAGGACUCUGCAUGACAAAGUAAGGAGCAGAGAUGGCUUAAGGGUCCUGGCAUUUUCAGGGAAGUUGGAGACUAUGAGAUAGGGUUACUAUGUUGGUAUAUACAUUGGUAGCCUCCUAAUUACACUACUGUAGUGCUCUGUAUGUGGGACUACCCUUGUGUCUGAUUUGGAAGUUGCAGUUAGUGGGAAAUUGUUCAUUACAGUGGUACCUCUACUUACGAAUUUAAUGCGUUCCGAACGCACAUUUGUAAGUCGAAAAAAUUUGUAAGUCGAAUCCCAAUAGGAAUGCAUUGGGAGAAAAAAUUCGUAAGUCGAAGCAACCCUAUCUAAAAAUUCGUAAGUAGAAAAAAUCCUAUCUAAACCGCAUCCAAGAUGGCGGACAGAGCUCCAUUUGUAAGUAGAAAAAUUCGUAAGUAGAGUUAUUUGUAAGUAGAGGUACCACUGUAUUACAUUUAGAUCCCACCACCUUUCCUUUGAGGAGUUUAAGUUGACGUUCUCCCUACUUCCAUUUUAUUCUCUCAAUGUUAGGUAGGUUAGGAUGAGAGUUCUUGCAGGUGAGCUUCAUGGUUGAGAGGAGAUUUCAACCAUGUUGUGGCAGAUCCCACCGCUAACCACCAAUUAAUAUGUAGCAGAUUAGCCCUCUAACUACCCCCAGUAAAAUAUUGCAGGCUCACCGCAUGGUACGCCAAUUACACGAAUUUCUGCAAUUUACCACAGGCUAUCUUGUGAGGGUCUUCUGUGAGGGAAAACUUGGUGAUUUAGAGUCUUAGGCAGGAGCUGAUUAAACAAGAAAAGUUUUAAUUACAAAGAGAAGUUUGCAAAACAAAAUUGGAUCAGGAGAUGCAUUAUUUCAGGUAGAAUUUAACCUGUUACUUAAAGCUAAUUAUAAAGAUUUCACAGGCCUAAACACAGUAGUAUAUGCACAGCUUUUCUUAAACUUUGGUUGCUAAAAAUCAGGUAGAUGUUCUGGUUUCUAGAAUAGGUGGUAAAAUGUUAAACUCAGUUUCUGUUACUUCGUUCUCAUUCCUUUACUUCAGGCACCUCCAAACUUCGGCCCUCCAGAUGUUUUAGACUACAAUUCCCAUCAUCCCUGACUACUGGUCCACUUAGCUAGGGAUCAUGGGAGUUGUAGGCCAAAACAUCUGAAGGGCCACAGUUUGGGGAUGCCUGCUUUACUUAGUCAUGACAGGUGUUACAAUUAAAUACUUUGACACAGCACAGCUGCCUUCACAUGAGCAAGGGGCACUUUUUGUCGGUUACUCACUCCUGAGGUAUUGCAAUUAGUAUACUGGUUUGGGAGUCAGAUUUACCUAGGAGAACUCUCCCCUCCUGGCUAGAAUGAGGCCCAGGUAUCCUGAAUUCCUACAGGUUCUACCUCUCCUGGCUCAGACUCAGCCCUCCAGGUAGCUCCUUUCUGUAUACCUUCCUCAGACACUCAACCCAGUCUUCCUGUCUAAGCUAUGAGGCUCUUUCCUCUUGCUAUAGAUAGUAUCUCCUGUGUGGAUGUUCCACUCAAACUAGAACAAGUUCUCCUCAGUCAAAUCGUACCCUGAUCCCUAUCUCUAUCUCUCGAGCUAAACCCUAUUUCCCCUCGAGCCCUUUCCAACUCUCUCCCUCAGAAACGGUUCCUUUUAUUCUCCCUCUCAAAGUGCUGCUCCACCCCCUCUGGCUAGCUGUCUUGAGAGAAGCUCCAGCACUCUGGUGGAAUUUCUUAGGGAUUUCAUAAUCAGACCCUGGUCUGCCUCUGUUGUCCAUCAUACAUGCCCAGACUCUAGCCCAGAACUUUCCAAACUUUUCAUGAACUGUGACACAUUUUUUAGACAUGCAUCAUUUCGCAACACAGUAAUUCAGCUUUACUACUAGCAAACCAGAGGUUAAACGAACCCCUUUAUAAAGACUAUAAAGCCAGCUGACAGAAGGGUGUGGGGUGCACUAGCAUUCCUCUUCCAGCUGAAAAACCUAUAAAAAGUGGAGUGAGACUGUAAAACAAUCCUGUUUUUGCUGCUUCUCCACAGGUAAGCAGUCCCUUGCUCUUCACCCUGCCUCACCACUUUCUGUUUCUAAAUUCUCUGAUUCUUAAUAACGCUGUCAUUCUGUUUCCCUUCCCCAGGGAACUCCUGAUUCUACAUUUUCUUUCUCUUGGAAUCCCCUUUUUCCUUUCUCAUGAUUUCUCUAUAUCACUAUCACAAAUAAUUCAUUUUUAGAAGUGAGUUCUUGGGAGCCUCUUGGGAAAUUUUGCCAUUCACAUUUGUUGACUUGGGCACAGAAACAGUUCCUACUAUAUGACUUUCAUGUUAUGUCGCUUUGCUACCAUUUCCGAAUGUGUUUCUGUAUUUUAAGAAUUUCAUUUCAGCAAGAGAGUUUUACUAAACCACCUGCUCUCUCUUUUGAUUAACUUUUUCCAAUAACUUGUUAAUUGUGCAAUUCCAGACACCAGUUGAUUAUAUCUCACUUGUCAAGUUUUGAUAGCACUUUUUCCUCACAUAGGCAAAGUCAAUAAUUUCCUCCUGCACUUGUGAGAAAGAAAUCCUUUUUCACCUAUGCUUUUACUUAACAGGUGAGUACUUUCCCAUAAACAUCUCUGGCCUCACGGUCAUUUACAAAGUCCAUUAAGUUUGAUUUUUUUACCUAGACGUUUAUCAUUUCAGUGUCAUUUUCAGUGAUUUCUGAAUAAAAGGACCACGACUUGCUGAUCAAAGGAAAACUGUGAGGUCUCUGACAGAGCUGUAAAGUGCCACAGAAAAAUUAAAUAUGGACACUAAAUGGGCUACAUAUAGAGAGUUCUUAAUUGAAUCAGAAAGCCAAUUAAAAUUGAAAGAAUUUAACAAAGUUAGAGAGAAUGUAACAGGUUGGUUACAAUAUUUUCAAUUAAAUGAAAUAUUCCGUAUGACAUUUCAACUUUUCAGAGAGAAAUAAUAGAAAAUGAUACUGAGUUAAUAUAAAAAAUGUAUAAUCUGUUGCUGGAAUGGGAAACGAAAGAUGAAGAGGUUAAAUCAGUUAUCAUUAAAUGGGCACAAGAUGUGGGACACAAUAUUUAAAUGGAGGAAUGAGAAAAUCUGUGGUAGAAUGAGUUAAAAUUUGAGUGGACAGGUGGAGUCCCCCCAAACCCCGGUGACCCCCGAGUGGAAUAAUGACUCAAGACAACGUGCUAUGGGAUUAAAAUUGGCCACAAUUUUAUUAAGUUUCAGAUGUAGGGAGACCUUGGCUCAGGCAUUGGCCGUUUAUCCUUCCAGCCAAGCUAAAAUAAGGCCAGACAUUGAGGUGGAAAAUGAGCAUUUGGCCCAGAGUAUUGAAGACAUUCGCUCCAAUUUAUUUGGCUCUGAAUAAAGACAAUGGUUUGCAGGUGUAAAUUCACUCAGCACUACCAAGCCUAUCAUUGCUAUCCUAAAGGGUUAUCCUGCCUUCAUUGUAGCUCGAAUGUAAACAGUUCCUAUCUGCGUUUCUGGCAUUUCUGGCAGUUCAGCUCGUCUUGUGCCAGAAUAACAAAUGUUUGGUCCUUUGAGGUGCCUCUACCGGACUCUCUUUGUUUUUUUGUUCUUGUUUCUUCUCCGAGAUGAUAGUUCAGCUCUAGACUCUAGUUCAGCUCGUCCACACCUCCCCACACCCCUGUUAAUGAGAAUUACACCAUGUAUGUGAUGAAAUAGACUCUAGUUCAUAUCGUCUUGAGGCAGAAUAACAAAUGUUUGGUCCUUUGAGGUGCCUCUACCGGACUCUCUUUGUUUUUUUGUUCUUGUUUCUUCUCCGAGCAACUGAUUCAGCAAAGCCAAUAUUAGCUCCUGAUCAAGGCUGCAAUCCUAAACCCAAUUAACUUGGUGGGAGGGUGGGGAUGGCUACAUGCUCUUGAUCCAAUGCAGCUGGUUUCUGAGCAGCCAUAGGACUGCAGAUCACCACAUUGUCAACUUGGGAAGUGUGCCUCAUACGAUUACAGCUGCUACCUGCGAGGAAGCCACAUAAAGGUUAGUCUUUUUGCUGCUACUCUGGCUUGGCCAAGGACGUUGCAGCCUCCUGCUACAUUGACAUCCCACCACCUUUCCUUCAAGGAGUUCAAGGUGACAUCCCUAGUUCUCCCUAUUUUAACUUUAUUCUCACAAUAAGCUUUUGAGGUAGGUUUGGAUGAGAGUUGGUGAAUGGCUCAAGGUGAGCUUCAUGCAGAACUAUCCUGCUGUUCUGUUUUUGCUGCGUCUCCACAGGUAUGUGGUCCCUUGCCUUCACCCCUGCCUCAAAGCUUUCUGUUUCUGGAUUCUCUGAUUCUUAGUAACUCUGUGAUUCCAUUUUCCCUCUGUGGGAAACUCCUCAUUGUUCAUCUUCUUUCUCUUGGAAUCCCCUUGAUUCCUUUCUCGUAUUCUUAACUUUUCUUCUUCAGGCUCUAACUAUCCUCGUCCAUCAUUACUACUUGCAUCUUUUCCUGAAUUUCUCUAUAUUAUCUCAAAUAAUUCAUUUUUAGAAGUGAGUUCUUUAGUGCACUGUUUCUCAACCUUUUUUGGGCCAAGGCACACUUGUUCCAUGAAAAAAAUCACGAGGCACACCACCAUUAAAAAAGUUAAAAAAUUUAACUCUGUGCCGCCCUAUAUUGACUAUAUAAUUAUGACUGUAAGAAACACUUGCCAAUUGCUGUGUUGGUUGCAAUCUCCUGUAAUAAGGCUUCACAAGCCGCUGAUUUCUCUGCCAGCACAAUCCUUUGCUCAGCAAGUUUCAGGUUGAGCUCAUCCAGCCAGCUUCUUUAAGUUUGUCUAAAACCACCCUCCCGUGGUGGUGGCUGUUGAGAGCUGCGCUCGCUCCACAUUGUGACCCGGCCGGAUUCCUUUCCAGCGGGUCAGUGUUGUUUAUUGGCGGCCACCAGGCACGUGACAAUGCAAAUCGCCCUUCUCGUCGCCGCACGUCGCGGCACACCAGCCAGCGUUUGAGACACGCUGCUUUAGUGAGCUUCUUGGGAAUUUUUGCCAUUCCCUUUUAUCGACUUUGGCACAAAAAUGGCUCCUACAAAAACAGCUAGGCACAGGAACAGGUUUUUCCCUUGUGCCAUCAAACUUUGUAGUUGUGUAGCAGAACGGUAGGCAAGUUAUGGGUAGGGUUCCUCUGCUUUGCUAUUGUAUUGUGAGUGGAACAGUGUUUGUAUAAGGUACAUUUACAUUGCAAUGUAGUCAAAGCAAAAUUCCAAGUAUGUUUGGUACUUGGCCAAUAAAUUAUUCUAUUCUAUUCUAUUCUAUUCUAUUCUAUUCUAUUCUAUUCUAUUCUAUUCUGUGACUUACAGGUGACUCUUCUUUGUUAAUGUGUUUCUGUAUCUUAAGAAUUUCCAAAUGGCCUCACUUCAGCAAGAGAGUUUCCCCUAAACCACCAGCUCUCUCUUCUGAUUAUUUUCCUCCAAUAACUUGUUAAUUGUGCAUUUCCAGACACCAGUUGAUUUUACCUCACUUGUCAUGUUUUGAUAGCACUUUUUCCUCACAUAGACAAAGUCAAUAAUUUUAAGGUACUUCCAUCCUCCUGCACCUGUGAGUAAGAAAUCGUUUUCCACUUGUCUUUUCUACAAACAUCUCUGGCCUCAGUCAUUUGCAAAGUUCAUUGUCAUUUAUCUAGACUUAUUUAUUUUCAAUUCCGUUUCAGAGAAUUCUGAAUAAAAGUACCACAAGCAGAGUGCUCUUUCUCCCAAAAACAACUUGCUCAUCAGAGGAAGACUGUGAGGUCUCUGACAGACACAGUAAAGAACCACGAAUGCUACAGAAGAAGCUGAAGCUCUGAAAAUGUUAUUUCUGAAUCAGCAUGCAUUUCUAAUUCCAAAGAUUAUGUUCACUGCCUCUGAUCUUGGUGUAUUCGAUCUGCUGAUGGAAUCCAAGGAACCAUUGACUUCAGUGUCUAUUGCCGAAUGUCUGGGUACCAGUCCCUUUGGGAUGGAGAGACUGCUGGAUGCCUGUGUUGGCUUAAAGUUCCUGCAAGUGGAGAGGAAGGACAACAAAACGCUUUAUGGAAAUACCAACCUUGCCAAUCUCUACCUUGGCAAAAGAAGCCCAAAGACUCAGUAUUAUUCCUUGAAGAUCAAUGCUGAAUUUAACUAUACGAGAGCACAACACCUAGCUGAUGCUGUGAGGGAAGGAGAGGCUCAGACGUACAGAAUAAAUGACAGUUCUACAAAAAAUUUCUAUGAGGCUAUGUACAGAACAGAAAGAGGCUUGCGAGAAUUCAUGGAAUUUAUGCAUGAGAUGUGGAGUCCGUGGAGUGGAGUUGUGUUGAAUGCAUUUGAUCUCUCUCAUUUCCUACUCGUUUGUGAUGUGGGAGGAUGUACUGGUGCCCUAGCAAGUAAAUGUAUUUCAUUGUAUCCAAAUUCUACUGUGACCAUUUUUGACCUACCUGAAGUAGUGGAAACAGGAAAGAAACAUUUUGUCUCCUCAGAGGAACACCGGAUUACUUUUCACAAAGGUGAUUUUUUUAAAGACCCUAUUCCAGAAGCUGACCUGUAUAUUUUGUCUAGGAUCCUGCACUGCUUUACAGAUGAGAAGUGUGUGCAACUGCUAACUAGACUGCACAAAGCCUGCAAGCCUGGUGGUGGAGUUCUAGUAGUGGAAAUAGUUCUCAACGAAGACAGAACGGGGCCAUUGGAAGCUCAUAUAUAUGGUUUGGUUAUGCUGCUUGCUACUCAAGGAAAAGAACGUACCGUGUCAGAGUACAAUGCGCUCCUCAGUGCCGCUGGCUUUAAGGAGAUUCAGCAAAAGAAAACAGGCCUCUUUGAUGCCAUUUUAGGAAGACAUUGACCAAGAACAUUCUGUGAGUGUCGUGACUGAAUGGAUAUAUUUCUGCCCGAUUCUUUGUAGCCAUAACUGAACAUACUUAAUGCCUUUACAGUGGUACCUCGGUUUAAGUACACAAUUGGUUCCGGAAGUCUGUACUUAACCUGAAGCGUACUUAACCUGAAGUGAACUUUCCUAUUGAAAGUAAUCGAAAGUGGAUUAAUCCGUUCCAGACGGGUCCGCAGAGUACUUAAACUGAAAUUACUCAAACCGAAGCGUACUUAAACCGAGGUAUGACUGUAUUUUUAUUGUUGCAAAUCCUCACCAUGUGGAAAUAUCUCCUCCACCCCCUUGCUUAUCAUUAUGGUUGAACUCUAAGAGAAGCUAAAAUAACAAUAAAAAUUGUUACAUGUUAACCACCGUUGUAAGUAGUUAUUACCUUCAUUUUCCUGCUUCCCUUUUUUUCUAGGAGCACAUAAGCCAAACCAGGAAAAAGAAACAGGGGUGUGGCACGUCUCCCGGAGGGGCGUUACACGUGUUCCGAGGCAGGGUGCAGUGCACGUUUUGGGGAUGGGGCUGGCACCCGCGAUGGUGCCCCUUGGAUCCCGCCGCUCUAGGCGGCCCACCCCCCACCCCCUAUCUUCCUACGCCCCUGUUUGAGUCUAAAUAAAGACAAUGAUUUGCAGGUGUAAAUUCACUCAGCACUACCAAGUCGGUUUCUUUCAUGGCCUAUCAUAGCUAUCCAAAAUAGGUCCCUGUCCUUAUCCGGACUACAGUGUAGCACGAAUGGUUCCUAUCUGUGUUUCUAGCAUUCCAUUUCUCUCUGACCCCACUGCAUACAAUUCCCCUUCCAAUGCCCACCCAGCACCUCUUUCCACAUCCAAGGGUUACUAUGGGUCACACCUGCUCCUGUUGCUCUGAAAGCCCCUUGGACUCCUUGAUGUUAACAUCCCUCUGUUAUGCAAUGUAUGCUGGGCUUGGCACACCCAAGCUGGGCCCUAUUUAGUCCUUUCAGUUAAGCAUGGUCACCCUUCUUACACCCCAAGUUCCCUCCCGGUAACAGUGCCAAGCUGGUCUCCCUUUUCAGUUAGCUGCCGAUUUCCAUGGGAGCUGUCAGAACUGAGAAAAUCUUUUUGGAAAUUUGGAAUAAAAUGAACUUGUCUUUGUUAGGAUGAAUAUCAGUUAUUAAGAUGAAUGUACUGUAAAAAUGUUGUUUUUAUUCCAAGCAAUCCUGGUAACAAGCAAUAUGGGAUGCUUCAAAGAUAAGGAUAUUUCAAAAUUUGUAUGACGGGGCAAGAAGCCAUGAAUAAAGUAUAAAUUAGUAACAGAUAUUAAAGGUAGAGGAGGCUUCUCCCUGCCAGAUCUGAAAUUAUAUUACGUAGCCUCCUGUUUUUGCUGGAUCCAGGAAUGGAUAAAAUUUUAAAAUACAAGGCAAGAGUACCUCAAAGCUUUUGAAAUCAUAUUAUAAGGAAAGCGAUUUUUAAAGUUUGGGAAAAGUAUAAAGGAUUAUUAGAAAAAAAAAACACCAUGGUGGCUUUCUCUAUUAGAGGCAAUAUCAGGGGGGAAAUUAAAUA